CAGCGGUGCUGCGCGCGGGGCACGGUGGGUAGUGUAGUGCGGGGCCGCCACAAGAUGGCGGACUGUCUGGAGCGGGUGCGAGUGUCGGCGGCCGAGCUGAGGGAGUUGGCCCGCAGCCUGGAGGCGGCGGCGGCGGGGGCCCGGGCGGAGUCUAGUAAGGAAAUCAAAGACCAGAGGCCACGGAAGGACAACAGGAGGCCAGAUAUUCAGAUUUACCAGCCAGGUGUUUCUAGACUGAGAAACAACAAACAAAAAUCCACUUCAUUGGAAGAGCCAGGGAGUGAAGAGAACAAAUUGGAAGAUGUGAAGGAUCUUGAUGGGAAUAAGGUUGCCUCGAAAAACACGUCAGCCAGUGUUGUUGAGUCUCACAGCAAUGGUGGCAACAACCAGGGAGACGUCACUAGGAAGAAUGGACAGUUGAAUAGAAAUGAAGAUGAAGAUCUAAAGUGCAUUGAUGAACAAACCGUAUCUGGUUGUGACUCUAACAUUGCUGGUUCAAAGCAGCUGAAGAAGGUAAAGAAGCCAGAUCGUCAGAUCUACCAGCCUGGCCGACGUGUGCAGGUCCUUAGCAAGGAGUCGUCAUCCUGCAGCGUAGCCGACGAAGAGCUAGUGAAGAAAACUGAGCAGCUGAGGCUGGUGGACGACAAUAAGACCAACCCAGUUGACGAUAGCGGGCAGGCUGCUGAAAAUCAAAGGGAAACUGGCAAAGAUAAAGGGAGUCAAGAAGACCGGGAGAACUUUCAACCGAGUGUAGAGGUGAAACUUGGCAAAAGGGAGAAGGGGAGGCGAGGAGGAGGAAAGAAAGAUGGCACUGGCCGAGGGAAUAACUUUGAUGAAGAAUCUGAAGACGGGAGAAUCAAUCGAUCCCAAGCGAGACCCGAGAAACCGGGAGGUCCGUCAAAGCGCUACUCGAGGUCUGACAAACGCAGGGAUCGUAACAGGACAUGCAGUACGAGCUCCGCCGGGAGCAACAACAGCAUGGACGGUCCUUCUGGUCAGCACGGGCCCGCCGAGGGCGAAAGGAAGAGAGUGGCCAUCAAGGAAAAGAUCAAAUGUGCUGGUGAUCGGAAGGAGCGAUCGAGACCUCCGAAGCAGAUUUCUAUUUCUUCCACGGAUUCUCUAGAAGAUGACUGUGUUGAGGAGAGCAGGCGUUACUCGCCCACAAAGAGUCCGGAAAAGAGGAUGGGGCUAGAGAGAGAGCAGACCUCCGUCAGAUAUGCGGAGAACUGUGAGCAGAGAGGAAAAGAUGCCAAGUCUGCCCUCCAUGUCACGUUUGACAGAGAGACGAUGAACAGGGCCGUUGCCGUGUCCAAGCAGAACCACUACGAGGAAAAAAGCCGAGGGAAAGGCAAAGUGUCCAAACCUGAGCUCAAGUCCAACCUGCCAGCAAAUAAAUUCAGUCAGAACACUGAGAAGAAAGAGAAGGUCGAGGAACCACGCGGGAAAGGCAGAGGGAUCUUGGUUCUUCCUGCAAAUACCGACCUGUCCUCCACAGCACCCGGCUCUCCCGAUUCUGCCCCAACUGGCCCGAGGCUUCUCUUUGGUCGAGGCUCCAGGGGUAGAGGUCGAGGGGGGACUUCCCGUAGACUGUGGGAUCCUAACAACCCUGACCAGAAACCUGCUCUGAAGAACCAAAACGCCCCGCUCCACUUCCUGGACACCGAUGACGAGUGUAGCUCUUCCUCUCAGGGAGAGACCUACUCCUCCUACACACACCCGUCUCAGGCCGCGUACUAUAAAUUCCAAAGCUCUGACAAUCCAUACUGUUACUCCAGGCCAACAGUGCCUGGUCCUCAGUAUCCAUACGCUGCAGCUCCAUAUGCCGUGCAGUACCAAAUGAGUGCAAACAAUGGCAUGUACCCAGGUGCGUACUACCCAGGCUACCCAGCUGCACAGUUCAUAGCUCCCUUUCAGACAGGCCAGUUAAACCCUGAAGAUGUGGAGCAGCAAAUACGGAGCAUACACCAGCAGGAGCUGGGGAGACUUCUGCGUAUGGCUGACAACCAAGAGCUGCAGCUCAGUAACCUGCUGUCCCGGGAUAAAGUUAGCACCGACGGACUGGAAAGGAUGACUCUGCUCAGGGCAGAGAUGUUGCAGCUAUAUGAACGUUGCAUCUUGACGGACAUAGAAUAUUCAGACAAUCAGAACGUGGAGCCGACGAUGUGGAAAAACACCUUCUACCAAGUCAUCGAAAAGUUCCGGCAGAUGCUAAAGGAGCCGUUUGGAGAUUAUGCCAAGGAAAUCCGAGGAAAGCUGCUGAAUUUGUUAGAUGAGGGGACAAGCUUCUUUGAUGGUCUUCUGCACAAGCUGCAGGUUGCGUACCAGUUUAAACUGGAGGAUUACAUGGAUGGGAUGGCUAUACGCAGCAAACCCCUUCGCAAAAUGGUGAAGUACGCAUUGAUCAGCGCUCAGCGAUGCAUGAUCUGCCAUGGAGACAUUGCCCGCUACAGAGAGCAAGCAAAUGAUACCACCAACUAUGGCAAGGCUCGCAGUUGGUACUUGAAAGCCCAACAGAUAGCACCGAAGAAUGGUCGUCCAUACAACCAGCUCGCUAUCCUGGCCAUCUACACGAGGCGGAAGCUGGAUGCAGUUUACUAUUACAUGCGGAGUCUGGCUGCUAGUAAUCCGAUUCUCACAGCGAAAGAGAGUCUGAUGAGCCUCUUCGAAGAAACCAAAAGGAAGGCUGAGCAAGCUGAGCUCAAGAGGCAGCAGGAAUGUGAGCUGAGCCCAGGGCCUCGAGGCAGGGGAAAGAAAUCGACCUUCAGGCAGGUUGGGGAGGACACUAGCAGGGUGGAGAUUUGGAUUCACCCCAGUCAAUCUCGCGCCUCUCACGGGACUGAAUCUGGCAGAGAAGACGGCACUUCAGAGCAGGACGAUGAACUUGGAAAUCUCUCUCCCAGCGAUCUGAACAAAAGAUUUAUCCUGAAUUUCCUCCAUGCCCAUGGGAAGCUGUUCACGAAGAUAGGGAUGGAGAGCUUCCCACCAGUGGCUGGAAAUGUCCUCAAGGAGUUCCGAGCACUUCUUCAGUACAGCCCUUCCCCCAUAGGAAACACCCGCAUGCUGCAGCUCAUGGCUAUCAACAUGUUUGCUGUGCACAACUCGCAGCUGAAAGAUUCUAGCUCCGAGAACUGCCGCUCGGUGAUCCAGGAGAACGCCACAGCCCUGGGUCUGGCCAUGUUCGGGCUUCUUGUGGAUCGCUGCAUUCAACAGUUGAGAGAAGCUGCGAAAGCUCGUUCCAGUGAAGAUGAGGAAGAUGACAUCAAAGUGUCCGCCUUCCACAUUGACCUGAAGGAGUUGCUCCCCAGUGUAAAGGUGUGGUCUGAUUGGAUGUUGGGCCAACCGGAUGAGUGGAACCCACCACCAAACUCCCUUGUCCUGCCUAAAGAAAUCGCCGUGGAUGUGUGGGCCAUGCUGGCAGAGUUCUGUAACAUUUUCACAGCUGUCAACCAGUCCGAGGUGCCACUGUACAAGGACCUGGAUGAGGACCUCACCCUGCUUGUUCUGGAGGAGGACAAGAUCCUCUCGGGCUUUGUUCCUCUCCUCGCUGCCCCUCAGGACCCGUGCUACGUGGAGACUGCAGCAGAUAAGGCAAUAGCAGCUGACUGCAAGAGGGUCACAGUGCUAAAGUACUUCCUGGAAGCCCUAUGUGGCCAAGAAGAACCUCUGCUGGCAUUCAAGGGUGGAAAGUAUGUGUCAAUGGCACCCGUCCCAGACAGCCUGGGAAAGGAAGAUGGAAGCCAGCAGGGAAAACAACUGGAGGAUCAGGAAGAAGAUGUCAUCAUUGAAGAAUAUGAGGCACAAGACUCCGAGCCCGAGGGCAGUGGAGGAGAAGAUGAUAUAAAGGAGCUGAGGGCAAAAAAGCAAGCGCUAGCAAAAAGAUUUGCCGAACAGCAGCGCAGACAGGAAAAGAUCCAGGCAGUAUUAGAAGAUCAGACAUUCAAGAGACAGAUCGAGAUUGAGAUUACGCCGGUCUUUCUCGUGCCAGAUACCAAUGGAUUUAUUGAUCACCUCCCAGGCCUGGUCAAGCUGUUGGACACUAGACUGUACAUCAUCGUGGUUCCACUUAUUGUGAUAAACGAGUUGGAUGGUCUGGCUAAAGGCCAGGAUCCAGACUACUGCGGUGGAAACCAUGCCAAAGUGGUGCAGGAAAAAGCCAAGAAAGCCAUCGAUUUCCUUGAGCAAAAGUUUGAGACCCGUGAUUCAUGUCUGCGAGCUCUAACCAGCAGAGGUAAUGAGCUGGAGUCCAUAGCGUUCCGAAGUGAGGAUACAACAGGACAGCAGGGUAACAAUGAUGACUUAAUCCUCUCGUGCUGCCUGCAUUAUUGCAAGGACAAGGCCAAGGACUUCAUGCCAAUGCGUAAAGAUGAACCUAUCCGCCUGAGACGUGACGUUGUGUUGCUGACCGAUGACCGGAACAUGAGGGUGAAGGCGCUAACUCGUAACGUCCCAGUCCGGGCUAUCCCCAGCUUCCUGAAGUGGGCCAAGGUGGGAUGAGAAGACUGUGGCACCAGGCAAACUCACGUCCUCUGGAAACUAGUGAAGGCAUCGUCGAGAGCCCCCAGUGCCCGACCAAUGCCAACAACCGCCCCCUCCGUUAUACAGAAGCUAGCUUUAAAGAGAUGACGAGAAUCAGUGCAGUUGAGUAGAAGAUUGUGAUCGGUUACCAAAAAAACAAUAAGGAUAAAGUGAGCUAAAGAAGGCAAGGUCUUGAGAUGAAAGUCUUGAUGGGUCUUUUUAGAAGCAAGCUGAGCCGUGGUGGGUUAUAGGGGAAGAGCAUCCACGUCAGGUUCCUGGGCGGGGGCUCUCUUAUCCUCUGUGGGGGGAAUGGAUUCCUACCCCCUGGGGUUACUUCCAUUAGUGUGGAAUUUUUUCUGUGGUAGAGCUGGGUUAUCCUCUCUCCCAUGCCUCGCCAAGCCACCCCCACCCAUACAUACCCUCCGCUCUGAAGCUUUGCUCCAGGGAGGGGGGGUGGGAGACCAGGCUUAAUGAUUCCAUUAGCUGCAGCUUCAGCGAUGUCAUUUUUUGGCGGGGAGGAAUUCUGUGCAAAAAAAAAAGAAAGUUUCGAAAAACUUUUUUUUCUCAAGAAGACAGACAACAACUGUGCAUCGCCUUGGAGAGAGGCCCUGCUUUUUAAGGUUCGCCUACACUCAAGGAAACUUUUUUUUAAAGGUCGUGUUAAGGGUCGCAGUCAACACGAUUGCAGAUAAAGUGGCUUUUAAUUUGUUGGCCUUGUAUUAAAAAAAGUAUUCCUGGCACCAGCCUAUCAUCAGUUCGAUAGUAUGUUCUUAGUUACUCGGUCUCCUCUUUUUUGAUGGGAGAUGGUGCGUUACAGAAAUUAAAUGGAGAUGUUUUUUCUUUGUAAAGCUGGAGCUGACUUACUGACUGACUGACUGACUGACUGAGUGACUGACUGACUGAUUGUGUGAUGGGACAGACAGUGUGAUCCACCGACUCAGGCAGAGAGUGUCACAUGAGCGAGCUGGUAGACAAGCUGCCCUUUUGCACCCGCUCUCGAUGCCCAAGACCUUUGGCAUUUGGGGGUGGGGGGGGGGUUCUAGAGACUUCUACCCUUGCAAAACAGCAGCAGAGCAAGGACCAUGCCUGGGUCUAAUUACAUUGCAGGGCCCAUGACGGAGAUACCUGGUGACUCCAAAUCCUGGAGCCUGCCAAGGUAUCAAGUAGCUGCCAUAGCUACUCAAUUUUUGAACCAACACACACACGCACACAGCUCUCAAGUAAAAUUUCAGCCCCAAAAGAAAAAAGUCUAUACCUGAGUACUUAAGAUUAAAAUCUCUGAAAUUUGUUCUGUACGAUUCUGCGGUGCUGAAAUUGAAGUUUAUUUUAGACGUUUCAAAACUCAUUUUUAAUUCAGCCUGAUUUUUUUUCUCACUCUUGUUAAUAUUUAGUUUUAUUGGUUAGGUUUGUAGAACAAAAACGUAUUGUAUUGCAAUCGGGUGUCUGUCACCGUUUUAUGUGAUGUUUAAAUGGGCUUUAUAGGAACUAUUUAAAAAAAAAGGCAGCUUUUUGUUUUUAAUACAGUGGCAAUAAUUUUGAGUACAAUUGCGCAUCUCAAAGAUGUGUUGUAGGUAACCAGCUCAUUUCAACAAGCGAUUUCUCUGCCCACAAACACUUGUUAACCGCUCUUUGUUCCUUCUGAGAGUGACAACACUCACUUACUUAGAGUGCUGCUAUCACAAUGUAGUAGAAAAUGUGGUAGAAAAUGCCAUUGCUUUGCUUAUCCACUGUAGUUUUCAUGUGGCUGAUGUUUUGCUUAUUUCUGUAGAGAUAAUAAAAUGGAUAUUGAACCCUU